AUGAAGAAUCUCCAGCACCACCUCCAUGGUCUCCCCCUGAAUCAACACCAGACUUUCCUCUCCUCCGACACCCAAAUCCUCCAUCACUUAAAAAACGGCGCUCUCUCUCAAGCCAUCAACCUCCUCAACACUUGUCAACCAACCCUCUCUCUCAAACCAGUCAUCUACGCUUCCCUCCUUCAAACCUGCGUCAAAACCUCCUCCUUCCACCACGGCACCUCCGUCCACGCCCACGUCCUCAAAUCCGGGCUCCACUCCGACCGCUUCGUCGGCAACAGCCUCCUCACUCUCUACUUUAAACUAAGCCCGGGCCCCCAUUUAUCUCAGGCCCGUAAACUCUUCGACUCACUCUCCAUCAAAGAUGUCAUCUCAUGGACUUCUCUCAUCUCCGGUUACACCCGCUCCGGCCUCCCACAUCAAUCUAUCUCUCUUUUCCACCAAAUGUUAACCUUUCCUAUUCAGCCCAAUGCUUUCACUCUCUCUUCCGUUAUUAAAGCAUGUUCACAGCUUAACAACUUAACCCUCGGUCGUUGCUUUCAUUCCAUGGUUAUAACACGCGGGUUUCAUUCCAACACUGUUAUUAAUUGUUCCUUGAUUGAUAUGUAUGGUUGGAGUCGCGCGGUUGAGGAUGCACGGCGGGUGUUUGACGAUUUGCCUGAACCAGACGAUGUGUUUUGUUGGACUGCGAUUAUAUCGACGUUUACGCGAAAUGAUAUGUUUAAAGAGGCGCUCAAGUCAUUUUAUGUUAUGCUUAGGGUUCGUGGGUUGGUUCCGGAUGCUUUUACGUUUGGGACGGUGUUGACUGCUUGUGCUAAUUUAGGGUUGUUGAGGCAAGGGAAGGAGGUUCAUGCUAAGGUUCUUGGUUUAGGUUUUUGUGGAAACGUGGUUGUUGAGAGUAGUUUGUUGGAUAUGUAUGGAAAAUGUGGGUCUGUUGGGCAUUCUAGGAUUGUGUUUGAUAGGUUGAGUGAUGAUAAGAAUUCAGUGUCUUGGACUGCAAUGCUUGGUGUGUAUUGUCAGAAUAAAGAAUAUCAAAAUGUGCUUGAUCUUGUUAGGGAGAGGGGGGUUGUGGAUUUUUACGCGUUUGGCAUUGUUCUUCGUGCGUGUUCGGGGUUGGCUGCAGUGAACCAUGGGAAGGAGGUUCAUUGUAAAUAUGUGAGGAAUGGUGGUUGGAAAGAUGUUAUAAUUGAGUCUGCAUUAGUUGAUUUGUAUGCAAAAUGUGGUAUGGUUGAUUUUGCACGUACGGUGUUUGCGCAUAUGGAGGUUAGGAAUUUGAUCACGUGGAACUCGAUGAUCAGUGGGUUUGCGCAGAAUGGAAGAGGGGUUGAGGCGUUGGCAUUGUUUGAGGAUAUGAUUAAGGAAGAGAUUAAACCUGAUUCCAUCACUUUUGUUGCGGUUCUCUUUGCUUGUAGUCAUGCGGGUUUGGUUGAUGAAGGGAGGAGGUUUUUUGCCUUGAUGGGGGAAUAUGGGAUUAAGCCUGUUGUGCAACAUUAUAAUUGCAUGAUUGAUCUUUUGGGGCGUGCUGAGUUUAUUGAGGAGGCUGAGUGUUUGUUGGAAAAUGCAGAUUGCAAAUAUGAUAAAUCACUUUGGGCAGCUCUUCUUGGAGCUUGUACUAAGUGUUCUGACUAUGACACUGCCGAACGCGUCGCAAAGAAGAUGAUUGAAUUGGAGCCUAACUUCCAUUUGAGCUAUGUUCUGCUUGGUAACAUUUACAGAGAGGUUGGCCGGUGGGACGAUGCUGUGGAGAUCAGGAAGUUGAUGGAAGAUAGAGGGGUUAAGAAGUUGCCCGGUAAGAGCUGGAUUGAUAGUGAAAAUCGGAAGGGUUCUCAUGUGAACGUUUGUACUGGAAAAAGUGAUUCUAGCAUGCAGGAAGCUAUUUGA